ACAGGUGCGCUGCGUCUCUGACCCCACGAGGUGUGGUAAAGUUACAGCCUCUCGACCUGUCCUGCUCUUGAGAUGCAUAACAUACUGUUUUCAGCCGCAAUAUGACAACCAUUACGCCUCAGGUCGCUGUCGUCGACUUCCACCACGCUCGUGGCCCAGAGGUCGAGUUUUGGGUGCACAGCGAUGGCGAGAACCUGGCCAAACUCAACGACUGGUCGUUGUUGCCGUUCAUGGCGCUCUCCGACGGCGCUCACGCCAUGGCAGAGGAGUUCAGUUAUUUCACCCUGCUCGACAAUCGGCGCCCAGGCUCAGAUCUCACCGAGGCCCCAUCGAGUUCCGAGGCGAAUUCGCGCGGAACGGGUGCGGUGACGAGCGCUGCCACGAGUCUUUUCGGCAUCUCGUGCACGCGGCAGAUCCGGGCGGAGAAACUCAAGCGUCGCUCCGUGGACGUGACCCGGUCGACGGUCCAGAAGGCCGUUGUCGUCAUCUCGCCCACCGCGAGAGGCAUGGGGGAACUAAGGGAAAGACUGGGGAUCGUGACGGCAGCCUGGUUUGCACAGGAAGAUUUUUCAGAUAUCUCGAUUUUGAAGGAAUUUCAGGAGAGUCUACUCAGAGCCCCGCCCACGCAUGAGGAUGGGAAGGACCAUCAUUUCGGUCUCUCCCUCCGAGAACUGAUAUAUGAGUUUAGACACCAGACCUUGGCUCUGGUCAAAUGUCUCCUACUGCAACGGAAGAUGCUCUUCUUUGGCUCCAAGUGUGAAAGGCUGUGCAUGAUGCAGUUCGCCCUGGUCUCGCUUAUUCCCGGACUCAUUGCAAACUUGCAAGACGCAGCAGAUCCGAGCCUGGAUACUUACGCACAGAACGUGCAGAAGGCGACCAGCUUGAGAACCGGCGAUAGGGGUUCAUUAUUAGCAUUCAUGGGCCUGCCGUUGCAAAUAUUCGGGAAGGGCUCAAUCUUUGGCCCAUACACUCCCCUGCAACAACUCGACAUUCUCGCCGACUACGACACAAAAUCCUAUGUCGUCGGUUCCACCAACAGCCUCCUUCUCCAGCAGAAAGAAAAGUACAGUGACAUUCUCAUCAAUCUGGACGAGUCCAACUCCAUGACCAUGACUUCGCCUUCUUUGCGCACCGCCCUUGUCCUGAGUGCAGCGGAUCGUCGGUGGAUCGACUACAUCACCCAGACAGUUCUGGACACGUGGGAUCCAGAAAACCCGAGUCGGCCGAGAAACAUGGGCUACGCAGGGUCCGAAGACGCGAUCCGCAUGCAGUUUGAAGAAUACAUCCUCUCCCUGCUCAGCAGCAUGGCAUAUCAAGUCUACCAUGAAUCCGUCUCGGAGAACAGCAUCCCGGCCUCGGUCGCGAACAUUGAGAACUUGCCCGAACCGGGCGACACGGCGUCGGACUUCAACCCCGAAUUCCUCGCCAUGUGGCGGUCGACCAACAACUUCGCCCUCUUCGACCGCCUCACGCGCGGCAACCGCAUCUUCGACAUCAUCGAGCCGCGGCACCCGACCGGCGGGGGUUUGACCGUGGAAGAUCUGCAGAGGAGGGUGGCCCGCGGGAUGGCCGAUCUCCACCUUGACGAGAGGGUGCGGGAGGGGAGGGAACAACUGGGCCGCACGCUGCAGAGCGGGCGCGAGAGGGUGGAAGCCGGGAUGGCGAGGUUUUGGGCCGAGGUGGAACGCGCGAGGGAGCAGAGAGCGCAGCAGCGGGCGACCAAGCGAUCAAGCGGCAGCCACAGCAUCACGAGGGCCAGCGGAGACGGGGAAAGCAAAGAGCCCAACCAGGACCCUGCGACGACGACGACGACAAAACCCGCCGUGGCCCUGUCGAGUGCGAGUUCAAACUCGAGUUGGAUGGUCGUCGAGGCCACCGGUGGUGAACCCGGAUCCAAGGCCCGGCCUGUCUCACCUCCCGCCUCAUCCACCGGCAGUGGCAGUGGCAGCGGCGGCACGUCGACAGUCCCGGCCGGCUCGAACUGGACGGCAUCCCUCCGUGACCGGGCCCCGCGCGUCGACGCCUCGCAGAUCCAGGCUUCGGCGCGCGAGGGCGCGGUUCGGGCGGGGGCCUACCUGAGCGGCUGGGGUUCCUGGGCGAGGGAACGGAUACAGCAGUCUCAGCAAGGCAAGGGGGCGUCCCAGAGUGCCCCUGGAGCGAACGAGGCUGGAGGAGGAGGAGGUGGCGGCGGUGGUGGUUGAGGAUGA